AUGCAGCAACAUCCUAAUCAAUAUGCAUGGGCAAACCGGCCUGAUCACCCUCUGCAAUCGCCAUCAGGACACAUAAGCCCUCCAUUCGCAUCUUCACACCAAUCAUAUCCCGCAUCUGGCUAUGCAAUGGGUUAUUCAGAUCAGCCUACCAGGCAUCUCCACGGAUAUUAUCAACAAGAGCCGCAAAUAUCACCAACCUAUCUUGCCUCACCACGGCAUGACCACCACAGUCAAUCUCAGAGUCCACAUUUCAGUCGUUCGGUCCAUCAUCAACCCGUUACUAGACCACAACCCGCAGGCAUCAACCCUCGGCCGCCGUCGAUGGUCGCCCCCGAACCAAUAUACUCUUCACCAGAAUCUGCGAUCACUCACCCUGCAGAGACAGAUAACUCAGCGCGCCAGGCAAACUCUCGUCCACGGCCGCAAUGCUGGGACCACGGCUGCAACGGCCGCGAGUUCUCGACAUUCAGCAAUCUGCUUCGACACCAGCGCGAAAGAUCGGGUGUGGUGGCCAAAGCAGAAUGCCCGGUUUGUGGAGCAGUUUUCACACGCACGACAGCACGCAACAUACAUGUUGCCCAAGGCAAGUGCAGAAGCGAUGUGCUGCUUCACAUAUCCCAAUUCUAUCAGUACAAUGCCUUUCGUCGGUUUUGUUCUAGGAAAGCUUUACUUGUCUCUAUACUCUUGCUUAUUACCAAUAUAUUUGCCGCCUGUCUGAGCCAUAACACGGGAGAGGAAAAAAUGGCAUCCAUCUUCACUUACGACCCUGACCCGCCUCGGGUAUCGUCCCCGUGGUCGACUUCGGGGUCAUCGACUCCACAAGUGCCCGCAUCUGCUAGUCGUGAACUACCUGUUAAUUCACGUUACGGUGAUAUUCCAUCGCGUGCCAGCGCAGACUUACUAUCCGAUUAUGGGAUUUCCAAACUCGAGCCGGAGCCCCAGGAAGGUCCCACUGAAUACAAAUUGCACCUUCUGCUCCGGCCUAGGCGGGCGUAUGUCUCUAUGUCCACGGGGAUAUUAGUUGCUGGGUCGUUCCAUCACCGGGCUUUGCCACCCACAUCUGCAUCCCCAAGCUCAGAGCCGAAUCCAAGACCCAUGCCCGCCAAGUCCAACCAGAGCCGCCAGCAAAGACUCCAGGGGCUGACAACCCAGCUACUGUGGCGGUUGCAACAAUCUUCGCCUUUCCAUUCUUCCACCACUUCAAAUCUUGUGGUUCCUAUUCUUCCCGAUGUACCACCGAAAGUGGACGCGCCUUUCAAACCUGCUCGUUUGCCUCCAGGUCUCGAGGAGAGUCAAGGUGCGCUAUACGAAAUUGGUGUCGCGGACGACGGCACUUUCGUAGGGUUGACCCAAGAUGAACUGAACGAAAGUGUCAUCAACCUGCAAACCAUGGCUGCUAGCCUGGGAUGUAAAGUUGAAAUUCUUCGCAGAGUGGUGGUUGGGAAAUGCGAAUGGACCGAGAAUUUACCCUCCGAGCCGGCUGGCUCAAACCAGAGCCACACCGAGAGGCUCUGGGUUGCAGAGGCACUGGUCAGUCCUGACUUAGACUUUUACAACAUUUCCCAGAACAAGUCAAAAGAGGGUCCGAAAAUCGCUGCAGCCCCAGACUCAGACAAAACUCUAGCAUCGGAAGAUUAUUCCCAUACAGAACAGAUUCGGGUCUCCCUUGCAGGGCCCAGCACUGCCGGAAAGUCAUCUUUGCUCGGGGCCUUGACUUCCUCUGCACUCGACAACGGAAGGGGUAAGAGCAGGUUGAGUUUGCUCAAACAUCGCCACGAGAUUUCGUCCGGAAUAACUAGUUCAGUGGCCCAGGAACUCAUUGGGUACACAAACGGGACCUCGCCCAACGUAAUCAACUAUGCCUCAGGCAAUGUUGCUGGCUGGGAUGACAUCCACGCUGCAUCCAAAGGGAACCGUCUGGCUUUCGUGUCUGACUUGCCUGGCUCCAUCCGAUACCUCAAAUCCAUGGUGCGAGGCCUGGUCAGCUGGGCCCCACACUAUGUAAUAUUGUGUAUUCCAGCCGACUGUUCUGACAAUCGAUCCUAUGACGAGCAGACAGGAACCGAAAAGUCUGAGAUUGACACCUGCCUGGCAUAUUUAGAACUUUGUCUGAAACUGGAGCUUUCCGUGCUGAUUGUCAUCACAAAGAUGGAUCUUGCUUCUCGCAGUGGACUACGGGACACCCUCGCGAGAGUUCUCUCCGCGCUUAAAACCGCCGAGCGACAGCCCACAAUGCUCCCGGCAUCGCCAGUUGGAGACAAAGUAGUCGACCUUCAGCAUAUAAGCGAGGUGGACAACAUGCAGGCACACAAGGUAAUUGCUGCAGCCGAGGGGAAAUGGGCUCAAACUGUUCCUAUCAUGCUUACUAGUGCGGUUGAUGGCUCUGGCAUAGGCAAACUUCAUGCUUUCCUUCGGUCUCUUCCCAUCCCUGAACGGCCUUCUCAGAGGAUUUCCCGUGUUCCCAAGGAUUCUGUGCCCUCUCAGAGCUCUUCAAAUAUCUUUGAUGUGGAUGAAGUUUUUGCCAUUCCGCCUUCUAAAGUCUAUUCUAUUGACUCAGAGAAAGGAGGACAAGAAAAUCGAGGAAUGGUGCUCUGUGGUUUAGUCCGAUGCGGGGGUAUUUCUAUUGGCGAUGAGCUGGUCAUCGGCCCCAUCCUGGUGGACACUUCAAAUGAUCCAGGCCAAGAGGCCCAACCACCCGGAGGGUCGCUGUCCCGCAGUGGGCCCGGGCCCGGUCCUUCGGGCGAUCAUCCGGCGUCCCUCCCACACUUUCUAUUGUCCAACAAAGACCCGCAGGCGAAAUGGCAACGCGUCCGCGUUGUCAGUGUACGAGACCUGCGACUUCCGGUCCGACGCCUCGUGGUCGACCAGGUCGGAACGAUAGGCAUCGAACCAAUUGGAUCCUUAGAAGAUGGCCGAUUACCGCGGUUCGGACGAAUACGAAAAGGCAUGGUUCUCUCGGACUUGCACACCCAGGCCUCGAGCGAGGAUGGCCCAUCACCUGCUCCAGCUUUACUAUCGCUACCUUUUCACGUGGGCUUCACCGCAACGUUUAGUUCGGCCGAGUUCACUGCCCUAAAUUCACCUCCCCUUUUACUAGGAGGAAACGCUAUAGCCUAUAUUGCCAAUGUCCGCACCACAGUACGUGUCAUAUGCAUGGCUUUGGCAGGGUCUGGGGAAGAUGCAUCUUCAGCGCCGCCUUCACCCUCUGAGCCCGAGUUUUUCAGCUUCGAUGGUGAUUCUCAGCUUCCCGGUGAGAAAUAUACCGCCACCGGUGCAAAUCGAGCCAUGCGCAAUGUUGAUGGCGAUGGAGCUGCUAAUGUCGACACCCGCCGUCCUUCUGCAAUUGACCUCAGCAGGGUGAUUUCCGGCGCCUCGCCCGCCUCCAAUGUCGGUAUUGCUUCCUCUGCGCAAGCCUUGAAAGAAGAUGUGAAGAUUACAUUUGCAUUGGUCUCAUCCGUGGAGUGGCUUGAGCUCGGGUCCCAAAUCCUUGUCAUGCCUGGUACCUCGAUGGCUCCUGGGUCUCAGGUUGGAGCCACUAUGGCGUCUGCGUCUGCGCCUGGGCCUGGGUCCAACUCCGUACCGACCUCAAUGUCGGGGUUGGAAGGCUUCGUUGGGACGGUCUCUGAUGUCGCACUUGGACGGUCUCCUCCGCUGUGA